GCGCUUGCUGCGUAAUGAUAACGCAUGCGCAACCAAGGAGGUCUAAAGGAGAGUCAGGGAAAAUGAGGCUCCCUACCUGCUGCGCCUGUGCAAAAUACAAAAACAAAAACAAUUAAGACUACGGGAGGAGGAAGUAGCAAAUGAAGGGGGUAAAACACCCUCCCCAGCCCUUUUGGCUCGAGUGAUCACAGGAAAUGCCGGAAGUUGAUGCUCAUGUCACCUCGGCCUCGUACUCUCGCGAGAUCAGUGUCCACUUCCGACCAGCUGAUUCGAAGUUGUGUAGUUCUUAGGCUGGAGUACAGCGGUCUUGGACUGGACUGUAAAAUUUUAUCCUUCGCCGUUUUCCCGACUCUUCCUUUUUCCUCUUCCCCAGGCACUUUCCCGCUCUCGCGGUUACGAUGGAAGAGGACUUUGUGCUGGCCCUGAAGCUGCAGGAAGAGUGGAACACUGAAGUCCCGACGUUCGUCCCGCCCCCCAGGGAGCCCAAGUCGCUUGUAGACGAGUCCUGGGAACUCGUAGACCCCAACCCUGAUCCCCGAGCGUUGUUUGUGCAGUUCAACAAGCUGUAUUUCUGGGGGCGGCUGGAAGCGGUGGAGGUGAAGUGGAGCUUUCGAAUGACUCUAUGUGCUGGAGUAUGCAGGUAUGAAGGGAAAGGUGGAAUGUGUUCCAUCUGCCUUAGUGAACCUCUUUUAAAACUGAGACCAAGAAAAGAUCUUAUAGAGACACUAUUACAUGAAAUGAUACAUGCAUAUCUAUUUGUUACUAAUAAUGACAAAGACCGGGAAAGUCAUGGCCCAGAGUUUUGUAAACAUAUGCAUCGCAUCAAUCGUCUGACUGGAGCCAAUAUAACUAUAUACCACAGUUUUCAUAACGAGGUGGAUUUAUAUCGUCAACACUGGUGGCGUUGCAAUGGGCCCUGCCAGCAUAGAAAGCCCUACUAUGGUUAUGUGAAACGAGCAAUGAACAGAGCCCCAUCAGCCAAAGAUUAUUGGUGGUCUGAACAUCAGAGGACUUGUGGAGGCACAUAUAUAAAGGUCAAAGAACCAGAGGGCUAUUCAAAAACAGGCAAGAAGACGACAAAUCUAGGAAAGCAUCCAAACUUGGGAACAGAAAGUAAAGAUAAAGGUAAACCAAAGGAAGGAGGGAGCCAGAUGUUGAGCCCCUUCAGUGGAAAAGGAUAUCUCCUGGGAGGAACAAGCAGUACAUCCUCACUUGGGAAACGAAUCAACUCACAUCACACCAUUAACAAAACCCAGGAACUACUCAAUCCAAAUAGCUCAUUGGUUACCAUAAGACCUAAUCAUAAAACUGAGUUAAAAUCAAAUUCAUCCCAGAGAAUUAACAGCUCUGAAGAUAAAUUACCAAAUAAGAGACCCAAAAUUGAAAACAAAACUGCUUUUGCCAAUUUUUUUAUCAAAAAAGAACAAAUUAAUAGCAUGUGUACAAAUGGUAAUGGCACAAACUGCAGUUCAUUCCCUGUCACCUCAUCUCAGAAUUCUAGCAAUUUAAUUAGUCACAAAAAAGGGGUGAGUUGCCCUGUUUGCCAGACUCAAGUUUUAGAGGCUCAGAUUAAUGAACACUUGGAUUCCUGCCUUAAGUAAGAAACCAUUGCCAAACCCUAGAGCUGCAAAUGUCUUUGGAAACGAAUUUGUCUUAAUUACGUAGCAAAAAUUAGCUCAUGGGUACAUCAUGCUAACUCAUCAAGAACUUAGAGUUGUAAUAGUCAUAUAUAUAUGUGUGUGUAUAUAUAUAUAUAUGGAUUAAAAAAUUGGGAAGGCUCUUUCUGUGAGCUCCAAAUUUGAUUCUAUAUUUUUCUAUUAUCACAUUUCAAAUAAAUCCAGGUUAUUUCCAAAAAUCUUAAAGUAGUUUUAAGAUGCCCUGUAUACUACAGUUCGUGGUUCUUUUACCAAGUUUUGUUAUCUAUUUUUCAAUUUUAACAUUUAUGAAUAAAAAAGAUUUUUAAAUAUUGUAUUUUAGAUAAUGACUUGUUUAAAUCUAUUGUCUAUAUCUUCAUCAAAAUAUUGCCAUUGAAUUGAAAUAUAUAUGUACAGAUAUAUAGACACACACAAUGUUGAAUCCUUUCAGUAGAAAAAGAUAGCUCCUGGAAGGAACAAACAGUGCAUCCUCACUUGGGAAAUUCCUUAACCCACAUCACGCUAUUAAUGAAACCUAAGAACUGUUUAAUCAGAAAUGUCUGCUAGUUGCCAUGAGCCUUAAUCGUAAAACUGUUGAACUCAAAUUCAUCUCAAGGACUGAAGAUAAAUUACCAAAUAAGAGAUCCAAAGUCAAGCUGUAAUGUUGUUACCCAAAGGGUUGAGAAUGGUGUUUACAAACAUAAGGGCAAAACAAAGUUUAAAGCACUUUUUUUAACAGAUCCAACUAACUACAACCAACCCUCAAUUACAAAGAAAUAUAUCUUAAUAAGAGAUUUUUAAAAAUACUCUAGUUCUUCCCUAUUAAAUUUUUGUGAAGACUUAAAGCAAGAUUAGUAGGUUCAUGUUUAAUUGAGGUUCAAAGAUCGUAAACUGGUUUAAUUGUAGUUGGCAUUUUGCUGAUUAAUGUAGAGAGUCAUUAUUAAUUUGUAUACCCAUUACCAAAUUUGGUUGACUCAUUUUUUAGGAUUUUAGUAUGUUAAAGUUACAUAUGCAUAACAAAGGAAUAAUUUGUUUAUGUACCAACAGUAGAAAAUCAUACAGACAUAAUGGUUAUUAUAACCUUUAAAGCAGAAUUUUUGAAUCCUAGUAUACAAUCUUAUCUAUUUGUUUUGAGAAAAAUUUCCUAAGUUCUAAUGAUGAGACAAUGAUAAUUUUCUAAUUUUUUACUUUUUAUUUGAGAAUAGACUGGGUGUAAGCUAGUUUAUUUGAAAAAUUAGUGGAUAUUUAAAUCCAUGGCUGUUAAUCUCCACAAAAGUUCUACAUCAAAGCCCCACUGUGAUGUGGAGAAUGACCCUGAAGUUCUUAAAGGCUUUUCAAGCACAGCACAAACUUUAACACAAUUAAAAUAAAGGAAUCUAGAUAGCAUAACAUAUAUAGAGUGCUACACCUAGAAGUCAGACCCGAAACCAAAUUUGGCUCCAGAUAACUAGCUCUGUGAUUCUGAGCAAGUCACUAAACCCUCUGUGCCUUACUUCCUCAUUUGUAAAAUGAGAAUAAUAAUAGCACCUACCUCCCAGGAUUACUAUGGUAAAAUAAUAUUGUAAAGGGCUAUAUAAAUCUUUAAUUGCCAUAUAAAUGUUAACUAUUCUAUAAAUGUCAUUUAUCUUCAAUCACAUCUACAGAUUUCUCAUCUUUCAUCUCAUUUUCAUUGUCUCAAUCUGUUCCUUCAUGCUUUAUUUUCAGUUUUGUGCUUGCUCUCAUCUAGGAUCAAGUAGAAACUCUUCAUUUUACAACCUCUCUUUCUAGUAUUAAACUACUCUUCUUCAUAUACUCUAUGAGCAUGUCAAACUGUUUUUCUUCUUAAUUUCUCACAUGAUACUCAACCACAGGAACUCUCUUCUUUCUUAGGAUCCCACUUCCAUCAAAGACAGGCAGCUGUAGCUUAGUGGACAAAGGUCCAGUGUUGGAACCAGGAAAACCUGAACUUAAGUCCUGCCCCUGACAUACUAGCUCUGUGACCCACAGCAAGGUUAAAUCCUCACACUGUUCUGGGAAAUUCUUUUAAGACUGUAUGAUGCAACCACCAUGAUAGAGCCCCUUCACCUGUGUGUCCACAGUAUCAAUGAAAAUUUAUCCUUCUGACUCCCUUUCAAUCUCUUGGAGCAUUAUUUAUUUUUUGCCCCCUAAAUGAGAGUAUCUCUCAAGUGUUCCUGGAUCCUUUCACUUGCUUGAUGAGUUUAUCUGCUCCCACAGAUUCAGUUAUCUCUAGGCCUAUGACUUCCACAUCUAUAUCCCCUAUAAUCUCCCUCCUCAAUUCCAGUUUCAUAUUUCUAACUUGCUAACUAGACAGACCCAAUUGGAGACUCGGCAAUAUCCAAUUUCCUCUACCUGAACCUUUUUCUGGUCUAAAUUUCAUUCUUCAACUAGGCUUUUGCAAUAACUUCUAACUUGGUCUUGUUUUCUAAUCUCUUCCCUUUCCUUCUAUCCUUUAUUUUGCUGCCAAGAUAUUCUUUCAAAGACACAGGUCCAACCAUGACACCCCCAUCCUUUAAUACUCUUAGGAGUUUCCCUAUUUUCUCUAGGAUAUAAUAUAAACUCUUUAGCCUAGCAUUCAAGAUUCUCUGCAAUCUUUCCCCAACAUAUAUUUGCAUUGAUCUCCCUCAUUAUGCCAUUGCAUGUACUGUAUGUUCCAGCCAAGCUGGAAUACUUGCCCAGUUUUUUUCUUCCACCUCCAAGUUUCAGGUGCAACCAUCUUCAUCAAACCUGAUUCUCAGAUUUCUUUAUAUUAAAUAGUUCUCCGUACACAUACUGUAUCCUUCUAAUGAUCAAAGGCAGAAACUGUUAAAAUUUUUGUACCUCGAGCACAUUGCACAUAGUAGGUGCUUUAUAUGUUGUUGAACUGGAAAGGAGACAUCAGGAACCACAAGGAAAUUAUGUAUAUAUGCUAGCAAGUUCAUCUAUUCUGACAGGUGAUGUUGGUUGCCUGGUCAGCUGUUUACUGUGAAAAGAUCCUAGAUGUUUCAUGUGAUUGUAAGAUAAAAACUAUGGAUGGCUUUUUAAAAAAUAUAUUAGAAAUUAACUUCAAUAAUUCAUAUUUUGAAAGCAAUUUUAAAAUGUUUCAAAUAAAAGUGGUAGUGAAAAGUGGGAAGGAAAAAUGACUUAAAAGUGAUAGCUUAAGCCAUAUAUAGAUAUAUGAAAAAAGGCUCUAAAUCACUACUGGUUAGAGAAAUGCAAACCCAAACAGUUCCAAAAUAUCGCCUCAUACCCAUCAGAUUGGCUAAAAUGAAAAAAAGGACAAAAUGACAAAUGUUGGAGAAGUAGAGAAAUGGAGAUACUAAUACAAUACUAACAGUAUUGGUGGAGCUGUGAAUUGAUCCAGCCAUUUUGGAGAGCAAUUUGGAAUUAACACAGAAUUAUAAAACCUUAGACCUAGCAAUACCAUUUUUGGGUCUGUUUCCCAAGAAGAUCAGAGAAAAAGGAAAGGAACCUAUAUGUUCCAUAAUACUUACAGCAGCUCCAUAUGUGGUGGCAAAGAACUGGAAAAUGAGAGAAUGCCCAUCAGUUAGAAAAUGACUAAACAAAUUGCGGUAUAUGUUUGUGAUGGAAUGCUGCAGCACCACAAGAAAUAAUGGACAAGCUAAUUUUUUUUAAAUGUAGCAAGAAUGACAUGGGAUAAUGAACAGUGAAAUGAGUAGAACUAAGAGAACAUACACAGCUACAGAUUUAAUACUUGAAGAAUAAAUUGUAAAUGUCACAUCCAGAGAAUGAACUAAAAAAUGGAGACAUGAAAGAUAAUUUAUAUAUACAUAUCUGUGUUUUGGAUGAUGUCUUCUGUGAUGAAGGGAAGGAAGAGAAGGCUGAGACACUUGUUUAAGAAUUUUUUAUUUUAAAGAAAGAAAAAAAAAGAGUGAUGGUUUAGGGGCAACUGGGUAACACAGUCAGGACUGGAGUCAGGAAGACCUGGGUUUGAAUAUGACCUCAGACACUUAUUAGGGGUGUGACCUAAUAGUCACAACCCCAACUGAGUAGCCCUUGCUAGGAAUGGGCACUUACCAUUAAUUCUAAGACAUUAGGAAAGGGUAAAAAAAAAAAAAGAAAAAUUGCUACUAAGAAGGUAAGGUUUAAAAAGAGGUGGUUUUAAUUUUUUUGGAAUUAAAAGAAAAGUAAGCCAUCCAUAGUAAAUAUUUCAAAUAACUAAAUUAUGUUAUUCCUUUCCUAUUUAUAUCAGUUUAAUUGUUUGGUUGUGUCUGAUUGAUUCCUCCUAGUUAUACUCAUACUCUUCCCUUUCAAAGAAAUGUUUUAGAUGUGCCACCUGUAUUCAGAAGAGGUGACUUACCCAUUGCUCCUUCCCCAUCCCUGCCAGUAAGAUUCACAGAUGAGCCUUAAGUUCCCACCAUCAAUGAAAUCCCAAGGCCUGAACCUCCCCUUAUCCUUGGCUAGUCCCUACAGGGUUAUUGGAGUCUGUCCUUUCUUCUCAGAUUUUUGCUUCCUUUUUUUUUUUGCAUCUUUUUUAAGUUGCUCCACCGCCAGACAUUCAGGCCUGGGCUGCACUCCCUCCUUUCCAGGGUGGCUCUGUUGGCCCUUUUCUCAAAGCCCAGCUUGUGUGCUGUACCUCCUCCAAGAAACCUUCCAUCUCCCAGCUGGAAGUUUUCUCUCCCUCCUCAAAUUUCCCUCCAGCACUUUGUCUGCAUCUUCCUUAGUCCUCACUCUACCGUGAACUAUAUUUAUGGACAAAUUGUAUUCCUUGUAACAGAAUAAAAACACCUUGAAGGAA